GGAUUCACGAAGAGUUUAUAUAAAACGCGCACGGCUACGGUUGGCGCACAGUCAGUAUCAGCUAGGCAACCGUGGCGCGAACACGAUGAGGAUCCAUGCACGUGCACUGCUGUUGAUAAGCCUUGCCGUGCUCAUAUGCGCGGUCAGUGGUGAAAGUGGAAAGCACAAGAAGAAAAAUCGACGACACGAGGACGACCGAUCAGAACAGGUUUACUAUGUUGAUCAAAUAGCAUCUGCUUCUGCGAUUUCACCCUGGACAUCGAACCGCUUAUUCGCCAAAACUACUGAAAAUGGUAAGGAGUCCCAGUACGUGAUCAAUAUCUCGCCCGACGACGAAGUGAUCAUCCACGAUGACAGUGCAACCGAUCGUGUCUCAGACCGUGGCCCAACGGAAGAACAAUCUCCUCAGGACUUUGUCCACGAGGCGCUUCGCCUACGCAAACAGUACAUGCAGAACGGUCCUAAGGGUACUACCCCGAUGCCGGCGAGUUCGUUCGUCGAGUUUACCACGGUUAAGUAUGAUCAUUUUGGACCGAGCAAAGCACCGGAGCGUGAAGCACCGGAGCCACACAUCAUCUACCAUCAUAGCAAACCUGUUCCGACAAAACCAUCGUCCACCGUGGCUCCUUCGUCGAAGCCCUCAGCAGUGCCUACCUAUCGCCCGAAACACAUUUUGCCGAAAACAACCAAGCCGAUGUUGGUGCACACCGUUACUCCGUAUGUGGCAGCUGAUCAUGAGCAGCCAGAACCGUUGCCUACGUUGGGAUACCGGCCGAAAGAGAUGAAGCUACCACCGAAGCAGGAGACUCUGUCGAAAACCGUUCAUUUGCCGACGUCAGCAAAGAUUACACCCAUCAAGCAACAGGACACGGCCGCUUCCAAUGUGUUUGUGCAGGCUGUCCGGCCAGAUGAAUCGUCCUUUGGAAGCAGUUACGCGACGCAUCACGAAUCUGGCAGUAGUUACCAGGAAUUCCACAAGUUCACACCGAACGGUCCCGAUUCCCAGAGCAGUAGUUCCAUUCUGACCGUCCACAAGGUGAGACCGGCGCCUGAGUCGUAUCACGCGAAGCAUCCGAAGCAUCCGCGUGAAGAUGAACAUCGAGAGUACCUUGGAAAGAGUCCCAAACCAAAGCAAGCUCCAGUGCCGGUAGAGUUGGGACGGUAUCGUCCUACCAAGGGUUUUGAGGUGGAGGAAGAACACACACCAAAGUAUCAUCAGGAGAAGAAGCAUUUCGUUUCGGAGGCGUCCAAUCCACACGUAAAGUACGAGAAGGAAGUGGAGGAGAACUUCCUGAAACAACAGCAUCAGCAGCAACAGCAGCAGCAACAGCAGCAUCAACAACUUCAAUACCAUCAACAGCUUGAGCAGGAACAUCAGCAUCAUCACCAUCAACAUCACCAUGGUUAUGAGACGCCACGUCCGCCGAAGAAAGAAAAACCACAGCCAACAGAGGAGCCCCAAUACUAUCCGCCGAAAAGCUAUCGACCCAUUGAAACAAUCACGCAAGUGCAGAUGGAACCGGAACCUGUUCCUUCCGAAGAACCGUACCACUACAGACCCAUUAAGUCGCAUCAUGUCGAAACGUUCAAACCAUCGGCCGUGAACUAUGAACGUGAUCCGACCCCAACCGUACAGCUGAAGGAGACGUACAUUUACCAUCCACCCAAGUCACACCAUGUGGAUCCACCGAAGAAGCAGCCGGAAACGAGUUCCGUAUCGUACCACGGUUCCAAGCACUACGAAUCCUCGGACAAGCAUCUGUCGGAAGUGUCGUCGGACUUUUUGAAGUUGGCCACGGCACGGCCAUCAAAGCAUAAGUACGCCGACUUACCGAAGCCAUCGCCAGCACCCAGCUACUCGAAGGUGACCAGCUAUCCCACUCUUCAGUCCACCAGCUCUCAGCGUGAGAAACCUUCGUACGAUCCAUACAAGUAUCGUCCAAAUCCAACACCGGAAGUGUCCAGCGCAGGGCAUGGAUUCCAGAAGAUUUCUUCUUCGCCGGCAAGCUUCCCGAAGUACAUACCAGCCAAGAUGCCCGGUGAGAUACAGUCGGAGUCUGGUACACCGUACAGCUUCAAGCAGGGACAUGCUGCGGCGUCCGAUUCUUUCUCUAGCUACGUUCCCUCCUCUACCCCAGAAUCGUUCAGUGCAGGUGUUUCGCAAGAGUACCCAAAGAUGUUUUCCGCUUCUCCCACACCGUACACCAAGUACGGUGGAGGAAGUCCAUCAUCAGCGCCCGCUUCGGACACACUGUACGAGUUUCCGCACAUGAAGGAAACGCCCAAAUCGUUCUCAAAGUUUCAGGAACCAAAGGCCUACUCUACCAUUCACCCGUCGGAGCAACCGUUUAAAACGCUCAGUACCACGAUCUUUAUGAAACCGUCCACAUCGGAAGCGAACUUUGCUGUUGCCCCUGGUAAACCCAUCCAAAACCUUACCACUUCGAUUGGACUGAAAGCUUCACCAAGUGACGCUACCAAGACGGAGUACUACACCGACCCUGAAGUAACGACAUACUAUGUGCUUUCAAACGGUACUGAGAUUAAGCUUGGUGACGAUCCGUCCAAGAUACCGCAAGAGUUCCGCAUCACGUCAGACGAUGGGUCGUUUCUGAGCAGCAAUUACUCCACCAAGUUAGCGGAAGAUUUUGCGAUGAAGUACAACUGGGAUAGCUUGCAUACGGUGGCGGAUGGUGAGUUCUAUCUGGGAUCGGCAUCCGAUGCAACGCUCAAGGCACUGAUGAAGGAAACUUCCUCCAAACCUGCGACCAAAUUCCACGAACCGAUCGAGUACGUUGUGCGGGACAAGAAAAAGAUGAAGCCACUCGUGUUUCCGAAGGUACCCCAUAAGCCAAUCAAAACGGUGACGAUCUACAAGUCUACGCAUCGAUCAUCCGACGAUAUGGAGGGUGGGUUUGAACCUAUGAUCGGUGUUCAGCCGCAUAUGGACAAGAAAAGUGAACUUCCCGGAGGAGACGAUGAGUUCUACUAUACUAACGAGGCGAUCGAUCCCGAAGAGGAUCCAACGAAGGCAUCGAAGAAGAAUGCGGUGUUUAUGCCGGGUCAGGGCAUGGGUGGACGUAUGCCAGGGCCGGGUAUGAUGCUAAAAUUCGCUCCAGGUCCGGUACCGGUACGUGAACAACAAGCAUCGCCCGCCCAGGAUAUGGACAUGAGUGCCGAACCGUCGAAGAAACAUCAAUACUUUGUGCUGUACCACAUUGAGGAUAAGGAGAAGAAACCGGCGCGUCCACACGUCCCACAACCACCACCGACGCCUGCAGUACCGAAGCAAGAAAUCCAUUACCACUACAGCGAGAAGGAAUCGGAAGAGCCAGAAGUAACGCAUGAGCACUACAACUAUCACCACGAGGAAACGAUUGAGGAGUCGGACGAUGACAUUCAGCACCACUACGUAAAUCCGAACUAUGGCAAGUUCAACUACCGGCCUAACAUUGCCCAUCCUUCUUAUCAAAGGCCAUUGCGUGAUAGUAUGAGCGCCGGAAGUGAAACCACGCUAAAGGUAGUCGAUCCGGAUACAAAAAGCUCGAGACCAUUGGAAAUCACCAAACAGGAGUACAUGCGCCACGUUCAAAAUGCCGUGCUGAGGUAUAUGCGUCAGCUGCAGGAGGAAGGCCGCCUGCCACAGAUUGCUUCUCGUGAUUCCGACGACACACACAAAGCGUUCGAAGAAAUUGAUCUGGCAGCACUGUUGAAUGGAGGCACGAAGCAAAAGUUCCAACUGAAUGGAGCAGUUCGUGCUAACUUGCCUACCAACCCGAGCCACUACAAACCGAUGAAAUCGGUGCCGAGUUCUUCGACGUACAAACCGACUGCAUCGCCGCAGAAUGUCAAGCUGGGCAAGAACACCUACACGGCCGGUAAGCCUUUGAAGGUAGCGAUCGAAAGCUUGCAGGACACGCUCAGCAGCAACGUGGACCUAACGGUCAAGGGAAACAAACAACCCGUAAAGCCUGAUCUUUCUGCAAUUGAUGUUGGACAGUCGUAUCUACAUGGUUCCACGCUAGAUCAUGGUUCUUCGCCCAAGGGUGGGCAUGGCUAUGAUGGCCCUAGUGGUGUAGCAUCUCCCAAAACUAAGCUGCAUUUCAACCAACAAUCGCAUCACGAUAUCAACUCGAUGCUUAACGCCAAAGAGGGAUUGCGGACGAAUAUGAAUUUGAAGGGAUCAUACCUGGAUCACCCGUCCAACAAUUAUGGUUCGAUUAAGUCAGGUUCUGCGAAUGUUGGUGCUUCGAUAAGCUUCGGCAAUGGAGGUAUGGGGCAUGGAAAGGGAGUUCAUGCCAGUGAGGACGACAAUAAGAUUGCUCCCGAGGCACUUGAUGCACCGAUCCAGAUCAUCAACGGGAUACCGAUUACGAAUCCCUACAAUAUAGAUAUAAACACACUAAGAUACAUGCUGGGGGGUCUUGCACAGGCACAAGCCGAGCAGCAGCAGCAGCAGCAACAACAUCCGCACAAGGAACCGACUCUAAAGCUUAAGGGUUCUAACUGGAUGUCACUCCCAACGAUGGCUAGUCCUACGCAGGUGUUUUCCUCGCACAUACCCACCUACCAGCAUCCACCGUCGGAGGUAAACAACUACAAAUACAAUGCCAAUUUCGAUGCCAGCAACUUCAAGAUCAAGUUCCCAAAGAAUAUGAAGCUGAAGGGUACGUCCACAAACGUUGCUGAUGCCGCAGCCAGUGGUUCGAUGAAUUAUGCUGCAUGGGCUGAAUCACCCAGAUCGCCCAACCAAUUGAACGUGAACCAUUUCAACCAUGGCAAUGGAAAUAAUAAUCUAAACCAUGGCAAUGGUAUUCAGAAUCAGAAUAUUGUUAUGGGCAACAGUCGUCCGAUGGCCGUCCAGAAUCAUCAUCAUCAUCAGCAGGUACAGCAACAGUUCCAACAGCAGUUACAGCAGCAGCAACAGCAGCAGCAACAACAGCAACAUUUUGUCCAGCCGCAUCAACAGCAACAACUGCAGCAGCACCAACAGUUCCUCCGCCCGAAUCGCGAAUUCAAUCCGGAGCUAUACCUCAACCCCAACGGGCAACUAUUCCAGGGUCUUUUGAAGCAAAAUCCCAUCAUGAGCAAAAAAGUGGCUACCAGCGAUUGGAAGCCAACCACAGUCAAACCAACCAUCGGACCGUCGAAGGCGGUUAAGAUCGACACAAACCUGCGACCACCGCCACCGGUUGUCAAGGGUUGA